AUAGUUAGACCACUCCAUAUAGUAUAAAUAAUUUACUAAAGUUUAUUACAAUCUUCCUGCAUAUAUAUAUAUAUUGAUUUGAUUAACCUAUAUCACCAGACUCCACCACCCACACAUCCUCCUUUGUCACAAGACACUACCAUCAUUCCCGAUAUUCGACUUCCGCGAGUAUCAACAUGACGCAUGAUGUUGCUGUUGGGGAUAACUCCAUCACGGAUGUUAACGAACAGACCUUGUUUAUAACGUUUGCUCGUGGAGUUCCUAUGUCGCAGGAAGAGGUGAAGCAAUUUUUCACCUAACAAUAUGGAGAAAAUUGUGUUCAAGGCAUUGACAUGGAAAAUAGAGAUGGUCAAGAGCAAUCACUAUAUGCGAAGUUGGUCUUGGACUCGGUUGCUACCAUGAAUCACGUACUCAACGAGUGGCAAACAGUAAAAUUGUGGUCUUUAUCAAAUAAUAAAUCAGUAAAGUUGAAGAUCAACGGGAAAUUAUUUUGGGCUCGUAAGUACGAGAGGAAGAAUGUAUCUAUAAUUAAUUAAGUAAAUCCCAAAUGGGAUAUAGUUUCUGGUUUUGUUGCACCUCGGAUGCAAAAGUCUUUAUAUUAUGUUAUAUAUGAUGUAGUCUAUAAUAACUAAGAAAAAAUAAAUAAUAGUAUAUGUUAUUAUUAA